AUGCAGCCCGCGUCGGUCGUGUCGGCGAGGAGUCUAAUCAUCGUCGAGGGCCGUAUCGGUCGUCACGGCAGAGAGCAACAGUUUUUGGGGUCGCUUCGGAUAAUGUCAUCACUUCUUCGAACCUUACAUACCGUCUUUGUACGCUUGCUGCAGCUUAUUGCGGUGUUCUUUUACGUGCUUUUUCUCCCUCUUAUUGCGUUGCUUCUUGGAAGUCAGGAGGGCAGCUAUAGUGAGUCUAGCCGCGAGCAGGUGUUCGGUCGGGGUAUGGUCAAGAUUGAUGCCCCCUCGCGUUCGGAUGUUGCCAAGCAGGCCAGCUACUGUUGUAUGUCCAAGGUUUUUAGCGUACCACUUCUUUGGGUUUCUGCGGGACUGUCUCACUAUUCCGGCUAA